UUGUUAACAUCUAGCGUGUCGGGUGCCGCGAUGUUGCGAAUUUUGACCAUAGCUUUAUACUUGGGGUGCGGUCACAGCGCGCUUUUCUCUAAAGGAAUAGUUCACUACAUUAUCAACCAGACGGAUUAUGACCCGCACUCGCAGUCGGUGAUAUCCUCAACGUUCGUGCGCCUCCAGCGCGAGCUGUGCCUCAAGUUCUUCCAAACGCCUCCAGCGUACAACCAGUCGAUGAGGCUGGUUGUACGCAACAGGCACAGGACGGAGGACUGCCAGCCUGCCGCGUACAACUUCACCGGGGGGGACGUGGAGAUGACAGUGGGCUACAAGUGUAUCAACCCGGCGGACAUCGCGCGGAUCACCGUCGACAUGCUACGGGCCAGUAUUGACAGCUCCGAUGUGAAUGUCAAUAGUUUCGAUUUGACCAAGCAGUAUCAAGAAAAGGAGCGUGAACCCAACAACCUGCUCACCCGCGCCGACCGCAACCACAUAAACUCUCACUAUACGAACGAGUGUGAGUCGCUGGUUGCCAACCCGGUGCCCCGCCGGCGCAUGGUUGACAUGGUCCCUAUCGGCGCUGGCGGAGAUAAUGUAGCUACCAACAUGGACUUCUACCAGCCUUACCUGUGGCCCCUGGGCUUGGUCAUGUACGGAGUAAACGAGGAUUUGUUGGGCGCCCCCGGCCACUAUUUGCUCAAGAAGGCAAUGACAGUGAUAGAGCAGGACAGCUGCGUGGUGUUCCAGUACCACGCGGACAACGGCGCGCUGGCGCCCAACAGCCUGCUCUGGUUCUCCGUCGACGGCGAGCCUGAACCGGCGUACGGCUUCCAGCAGAAAAACCAGUCGAUCAACCUGGCGCGCAUGACGCACGGCGCGCCGGGCCACGAGGCGCACGUCCUCAACAACCUGCUGCGCGCGCUCGGCGUGCCGAUGAUGUCCAACCGGUACGACAGGGACAACUACGUGCAGAUCACCUGGAGGAACGUCGUCAACGGUAGGGAGCACCUGCUGGAGAAGAUGCCGGAGGAGGCGUGGAUGCCGCAGCUGCCGUACGACUUCAACAGCGCGACCCACGCGCCGGCCAACUACGAGUGUGGCGGCUGCCGCCUCGGGGAGACCACCGUGCACCCGCUGCAGGACAAGUUGUGGCAGAGGCUGCUGAUGAUCGGGCACGCGACGGCGCUCAGCCGCGGAGACAUCAAGAUGCUCCAGCUGCUCUAUUCGCAGGAGUGCGAGAAGAGAAACGCUGCCGUGCACCUUCAGUCGUAGUGCAGAAAGAAAAAGAAAGAAGGAAGGAGAAAAAAGAAGAGAUGUGAGCCCUGCCUUCUUAUGUACACGUCUCGCACCAAACUAGUAAAUAAUACUGAUUCUUGGGGGGUUAAAAUGGCCACACCAAAGCAAUUCAUCUAAGAAAGCAAUAUUGCUAUUUGACAGUUGCGCUUAUAAAAGCAAGUGCGCAACGCAAUCUGUUAUAUCUUCAAUAAAACGCCGAAAUAAUUAAUCCGUUUAGUUAUGAGGAUAAUAAAAAGUAAUAAAACACAGUCGAGAGCCUUUUUAGCGGCAAACGGAGAGAGCGAGACAGAUAACCGGAGUGACUGAAAGGGAAGAGUAAUUCGGAUACACAACACAAUCAAACAAAUGUCAAAUAGCAAUAUUGCUCUCUUAGAUGAAUUGCUUCGAUGUGGCCAUUUAACCCCCCUGUACAGUCAUGAGCAAUAUAAUGUACCCACUUUAGGACUCUGUCGCACUAACAUAUUUGACAUUUAAUGAGACUUACAGUUCAAUUUGUCAAAAAAGUUAAUGUGACAUGGUACCAAAGUGUACCCGUACAUACAUACAUACUAUUUAGACCAGUGGUUCCUAACCCGGGGGUAAUUACCUCCUCAGGGGUAAAAUGGUGAUUCUAGGGUAACACGGGAUGGCACGAAAUAGUAUUAUAACACUUGUUACAUUAAAAACAAAAGCCAGAAACCGUCUGAAUGUUGAGCAUGACAUGAGAUGCGCGUUGAGUGAAACCGAACCUAAUAUUGUCAAACUUGCGAAUGCAAAGCAAUUUCAACCUUCACACUAGUUAACUCCGAUAUUUAUAUUAUAUUACUUUACUAGUCGCCAUUCUAGAACCUUUCCGCCCCAUCGGCCAUCGGUUCUAGAAUGGCGACCACGUGUCGGACGACGCUCAGUGGGUAGGCCCGCUACAAGGUGGACCGACGAUCUGGUGAAGGUCGCGGGAAGCCGCUGGAUGCGGGCAGCGCGGGACCGAUCGUCGUGGAGAUCCUUGGGGGAGGCCUAUGCCCAGCAGUGGGCGUCAUACGGCUGAUGAUGAUGACUUUACUAAUUACCUAAACGUGCAUUUGCUUACUUACAUAAUAAACAUAUAAUAUUCGGUCGAAUUUGUGUGGUUUUAAUUAUUUUAAAUUAGGGGUAAACUGAAUUUCCAUACUUGUUCACAGGAGUAGUGACAUUAAAAAGGUUGGGAACCACUGAUUUAGACUGUAUCCACACAUCCUGUAGGUACUAAAGCCAUUUCGAUAAUAAAUGUAAUCUUGUGACAAAAUAAAAUUCAAUUGUAUGUGGCAUUAACUUUA